AUGGCAUCUCGGUCUCCGUCAGAUGGCACGGCACCGCCAGCACCGAGCGACGGAGGCACGCUCAUCGAAGGUGCAUUGGCGAUCGAGCAACCCCCCGUCGGGAGCCCUACAUUCGUCGACAGUGAUGCAUCGAGCCAAACUGCUCCCACACAAAAAAUCGACGAGCGCACACCCUUGCUUGCUGGUCGUUCCCGCUCGGUCGACGAUGACGAGGAAGAUCACGAAAUACCGUUUGAUGAGCGACCGUGGUACAAGCGACCGAGCCCUUUAUGGCUCAUACCGACCAGCUUGGCCAUGGCGACCUGUAUGGGCAUGACCAUAGGUCCCAAGGUUGAGAUCUACAACGCACUCGUCUGUCAACGACUGUAUCCCAUGAGCGACAACUCGACAUCUAUCAUACAAUACAACGCACCUUCAUAUGACGGCUCGAGCACUCAAUCCUCAAGUAUUGAUCUCACUUUCGUUUCUUCGAGUGUAGCAGAUCAAAUCGAAGCCAUGACGCCCGAGCAAUGCCGGCAAUCUCCUCGUGUACAGCGCAAAGUAGCGCAACUUAAUAUUAUGAUCACACUUGCAAUGGGCAUUCUGUCCGCUUUUACAGCAGGGUACUGGGGUUCCAUGAGCGAUCGACGCGGUCGCUUAUCAAUCAUGACGGUCUCACUCAUCGGUCUGCUUUCUGCCGACCUUGUCUUUCUGCUCACAGUCAAAUUCUCGCACGUCGUCGAUUAUCGCAUGCUAGUCCUGGGACCGCUCAUUGAUGGCUUGUUGGGAGGCUAUGCGACUGCCACAGCGUGUACGAAUGCUUAUAUAGCUGAUUGCACCGAAGCCGGUUCAAGAGCGCGCAUAUUCUCAGUCUUUUCGGGGUUGCUCUUCGGCGGCAUUGCUCUUGGACCUAUCAUUGGUUCGGUCGUCGUCAGAGCAUCGGGCAACGUUCUCUUGCCAUUCUACCUCACGACGGCGGUCCAUAGCUUGGAAGUCCUAGGCGUCUUGUUCAUCUUGCCCGAAUCGCUCACACGCAAACGUCAGCGCGAAGCUCGUGCCAAGAGACAGCAACGGCGGACAGAGCAGGAUAAGCAAGAUCGCGAAAGUGAAGAACGUCACCACGCUGAGCAAGCUCGAUUGAGUCCUCUUCGUGCUUUCGUCGCUCGAUCUCGUCGGAGGAUUGGCAAAGGGGCCUCUACUGCCACAGCCUUCACGCGCGCGCUCGCCGUCAUACUACCAAAGAAGAUGGAAGAUUAUUCCGAGAGCGAUGUGCCAAAGAUCUUGCGCAAGACGGAUCAGAGGCGGAGGGAUUGGAGCUUGACCUUUGUCGCGCUCGCCUACGCUCUUUGGGUCAUGAUGAUCAGCAUCUACGCCGUCAAGAUCCAGUAUGCGCAGUAUCGCUUCGCGUGGGGUCCUGUAGAGACUGGCUACCUUUUGACAGCCAUUGGCGUCUCUCGUGUGAUUGCGCUCACUCUUCUCCUGCCGCUCGCGAUUCGCUGGCUGCGCAAGAAAUAUGUAACAGCAAGGAUGCCGGACUACACAGAGGGCAUGACGAUGCCGCUGGCGAGCGAAGACCAGCUCGUUGCAGAUUAUGAAGACCAUGCGACACACGUCAAGCUUCUUCACGAUUCGCACUUUGACCUCAGUCUGGCGCGCUGGUCGGUCUUCCUAGACGCGGCCGCCUACGUCCUGCUGCUUGCGACGACGACAUCAGCUCAAUUUAUCUUCGCAGUCUGUGCCCAGUCAUUCGCGAGCGGGUUUGGUCCUGCCAUGCAAUCUCUCGCUCUCGCACUCAGUCCCGCGCAAGAAGCCGGCAAACUGCUGGCAGCCUUCUCCGUCAUCCAGUCGAUCAUGUCGCAAGUCAUCGGCCCGCUCGUCUUUGGCGUCCUCUUCUCCCUCUCGGUAGAGACCUGGCCGGAACUCAUUUUCGCAUUCGGUCUGUUCAUGUUUGUGCUAUCCUUCAUCGCCUUGCUGUUUGUUAGAUUACCAAGCGCGUCCAAGGCAGCCCAGGAACUCGCGUCUGCCUCGCAUUCUGCAUUCAGCCGCUUCGCGCCAGGGACGGGCAGCGCUUCGCCCACAUUUGCAUAA